GGAGAGAGAAGGCUCCCAGAAGGCUCCGCGGCGCGGCGAGGGCGCCCCCUUCCCAACUGGGCAGCCCAGAGACUCGUAGUCCGAUAUGGAGAAGACGUUUACUCCGCUGGAAUGCUUGCUUCCUUCUGGUCACCUGAGGUUUUGCCUUUUGAUUCUUAACCAGCCUUUGGAUAGAGAUCAUCUUCAUCAUUUGUGGAGCAAAGCCCUGUUGAAAGCCUGUGCAGAUGGAGGGGCAAAUCGUUUGCAUCAAAUCACCGACGGAAAGCAAGAGAGCUUCUUGCCUGAUUACAUCAGUGGAGACUUUGAUUCUAUUAGUCCCGAAGUCAUGGAGUACUACAAGGUCAAGGGAUGUGAGUUAAUUGAGACUGCUGAUCAAAACUUCACGGACUUCACUAAGUGUUUAAAAGUGCUCCUGGAGAAGAUAAGAGAAAGGGACCUGCAGGUUGAUAUGAUUGUGACAUUGGGCGGACUCGGAGGACGUUUCGACCAGAUUAUGGCUUCCGUGGAGACCCUCUUUCAUGCGGCCAGCCUCACCUCAUUGCCUGUUGUCGUGAUCCAAGAAGACUCCCUCAUCUACCUGCUUCAGCCAGGGAAGCACAGACUGCACGUUAACACUGGAUUGGAAGGGGAAUGGUGUGGCCUCAUUCCAGUUGGAUUUCCUUGCCAUGUGACCACCACAGGACUCAAGUGGAACCUCACUAACAGUGAGCUCAAGUUCGGAACGCUGGUCAGCACUUCCAAUACCUACGAUGGAUCUGGCGGCGUAACUGUGGAAACAGAUCACCCCCUCAUCUGGACCAUGGGCAUCCAAAAAUGACAGACGGGAAGCCUACAGCUCCGCGUUGGCCUUUGCCAGCGUCAGAAAGGAAAUGCGCCGAUGUUUGCAAACGAAAAGAUUGGACUGGGUUAUAGCACGAUACUCCCAAAGGUUGGGGGCGAUAGGACUAAUUUUUAGAAAUCUCAGAGUAAAUUUUAAAGGGAGGGUUUAAAUGACUAUUUUUCAAAGACAAGCAGAGGGGAAAAAGAAUCAAUGCGAAAGUGAUGGUUAAGGAUUCUGUCAGUAGGUGGAUCAGUUAGCUUCAUUUGAGCAGCCAUAAAAACCCACCUCGCUGCCGUGUCUUAACUUUAGGAAUGCUACCACUGGACUUUCCCAUUUUUAUAUGCCUUAAAGCCUUAGUGCGCAACUUGAAACUCCCAGUGUGCUACUCUAGGGAAUACCCAGGCUCACUUGAGAACUGCUCACCAAGUUUCAAGUUGACUGAGCCAUCACCAACCACCACUACCUCCUUCUACCUCUCCGUCUCGCCUCCUAAGUCGACUUUGGGAGAUAGAAUUUUAAGUGGGCACAAUCUCAUCGAUAUUUUACCACGUUAAAAGUAGCUUCUGGCCACCCACCCCCAUCUCCCGUCAAAAAACGAUCCCAGGCCUACCAUUUAACUAGAGGAGUUGUAAUAACCAACCAGCCAGAGAGCUGAUAUUACACGCACCCAGGGUCAUCACGAGCUUCCCAUCUUACCUCAGUCGCUGGGGCCCAAUGUUGCCAGUUAAAAAUUCGAUCACAAGUUGUCCAGAUCGGUUGGCACUUGGGCCAAAGGACCCAGCAGAGCGAGGGGAGGUCUCGCCAAUAUUGACGGCUCCCAACAGACCAACAGGCUGCUAAACAACGUGGAGUGGGUAAGGACUAGAAGGUGUCAAAAAAUGUAGGUUCUCCACAAAUCCCUCUCCAAGGGAAUGAAUUGAAUGCCCACAUCUUACUGAAAAUGCUAUUAUGUUACGGACGUUGGCCACUCGCUCGCUGUCGGUGCCCUGGAGUUAUGAAAUGGUUUCCUGCUACAUGACCACUAUCAGUAUAAUAAAGCUCUGCAAUUAAUUUUUAAUAAAAACGGCUCCAAUUGGUUGUCACCAGGUUAUAAACACCUGAUCUGCAUUGCUGAAGAAAAGCCCUGCAUCCUAACAGGAGGUUAUUUGCCUCUCUACUAAACAGAAGGAUGGCAGGCGGCAGUGAGAGCACCCGGACCCGUCCCGAGGAGCUAACAGUGUGUCCGGUGUCACUUCUGAACCAGUAUGUCAUUUUGGAAGUCUUGUCGCUACUAAUGGUUUGGAAUAAAUGUACUUUGAUGUUUUUGUGCCAUUUUACAGAUGAACCACAAUGAAAAUGUGCUUUCCAAAUAAAACAUAUUUUUUCUUCCAUA